AUGAUUGCCCCAAAUCGUUUGGUUGCGGCAUCCUUGAUGCUGGUCUUUGGACAAACCAAUGCUGGACCAUGUCGCCCAUCUUUAAACAGCAUCGUGUUAUCAUCUAACGUCGACAUUCAUGAGUCAUCAACACUCACCAUAGCCCAAUCCGCAACCUCUGGUGCCUCACUGUCUGAUGCAUUGACUAUCAGUCACAUCUACACUGAAACUACCUCCGAUGCCACUGCGAUGAGUUUGUCUACAAGCAUCACAAUCUCGCUCCAGUCCACUACCACAACGUUCUCGACCGCGACAGAGUCUCAGAACACCAUUGUUGAUACAACUUCUGGUGCAACCAAGGAGACCCAAAGUACCUCCGAAGCUCCUUCAACUGAAGCAGCCACACCUACAACUGAGCAAACAACAACUACAGUACUUGGGAGCACGACUGAAACUACUACGGAAGCAGCCACCACCUUGGCCCAGGAAAUUACCACUACAACUGCUGAAAGCACAACCGAACCAUUGGCCAGUUCUAUCGAAACCACAACUAUAACCACUGCUGCGCUAGCAGCCCCUACUUUCAAUCUGAUUGCGCAAGGAGGACUUUCCGAUGGAGUUGUUCUCCAUUCCAGUGGCCAAUACUUCCAGAUCCGAACUUCACAGUACACCACCCCAUACCCUGCAACAUUUCCAGAAGCCGCUCUGAGCUACGACCAGGAGACACAGCAUCUCCUUAUUAACGGAGUGCCUCUCUGCGUGUAUUAUGACACACAGGGCAUUAUUGGCGGUUUAUAUGCGUGCCAAGGUGUCCCAACUGGUCAAUAUGGCUAUCUGACUUGUGACCCACCAUCAAAUGGUGGUCUGGCAUGCAAUGUCCCAGGUCUUCAAUACGAUCAGCCUUCUUCUAGCUUGAUUGAUUUGGGACAGACAUGGAGUCAGUUUUAUUAUCUCGAACAAAUGACUGGGUUGGGUACUCUCCUGAUUGGCCGGGCAGGCCUGACGAAGAACGAGAUCAAGUAUAACAGGUUCGACCCUAUUAAUAUCUUAGUAAGGGAAGUGUAA